UCCGUCAGACAUCUUCAAGAACUCUAAUAUCAUGGCUUCCAACCGUAAAACUGCGAAGAGGUUGGGAUCUGUGAUCAAAUUAAAGCCAGAAAUGUAUCAACAGUACAAAGAACUUCAUGCAGCAGUAUGGCCUGAGAUCUUGAAAAGGAUAUAUGAUAGUAAUAUAAGGAACUACACUAUUUACUAUGACAAACAUCACCACUUGCUGUUUUCUCACAUGGAGUACAUUGGGGAUGACCUAGAAAAGGACAUGGAAGCUAUAGGAAAUGACCCCAUGACAAAGAAAUGGUGGAAAGUGACUGAGCCUUGUCAAGAGUCAUUAGAGUGGACAGGGCCGCCACCCAGUGAGGGGGGUGAAGGGGGUAACUGGUGGUCACCAAUGGAGGAAAUGUUCCAUGAUGGACAUCCUGCUACACACUAUCAUUAAAUUAUGCAGAUUAUUUCAGGAUAACUGGAGAAUAUAAGAGAUAAUUUUUUGUCAAAUCAGCCAGGGGGUCAGUCAGUCAGUUAGUCAAUGGUUCAGUCACUCAGUGAGUCAGUUAAUUAGUCACUCAGUGAGUA